CCAUCGACGAUUAACGCGGCGCCUGCCUUCCCACGAUCUCAAUCCUUUGCGCCCGCUGUGAAUUCUAACUUUGAAGUGUACUGCGAUAAUGAUAAUGAUGAGAACAACAUCAUACAUCAACUUGAAAAACAUUGUCGUGAAGAGGAAAUUGCCAAACAGGAGCAAAAGCCUAGCGUAGCAGCUCCAACGCGAAAGCCUUUAGGCGACUUACCCAUACAAUCUCUGGACUUUAAUUCUGAUGACGAUGAGGUCUUCUCCACGGUAUCCCAAGUUCCUUCCUUCCCGGCCACCAUACGCUCUGAUUUCUCCAACUUUGGUGUUAAUGAUGAUGACGAUGCCAAGUCAUCGCAGUAUGGUAGCGCACUUGACUAUGAACUUGACAGUCGUGAUGAAUACAUGACAGCUAUCUCCGAAAAAGAGCUGCGCGAGGACAUUAUUUUCACAAAUCCGGAAUUCUCUGAUGAUAUAUACAGGUACAUAUAG